AUGUCAUCAGGCAAAUUCCCACUGGUAAAAUGGGAGGAUCAGAACCGCAUCAACCAGUUUAGCAAGUUGAGUACGCGUAUGGACCGCUUGGAAGACGAGUACAAGGCACAGAAGACCGAGAAAGAAUACCUGGACGACUUGGCUAUGGAGAUUGAGCUUUUGGACGAGGAUGAGGCUGUUCCCUACAAAAUUGGCGAUGCCUUUGUGAUGCUCACCUUAGAGGCUGCUCAGGAGCGUGUUGAGAAGGAUAAGACCGCUAUUGAUGUCCAGGUUGAGGAUCUUGACAGCCAGAUAUCUCAGGUCAGUUCGGAGAUGGAGGAGCUGAAGAAGAUGCUUUACGCAAAGUUUGGACAGGCUAUCAACUUGGAGAAGAACUAA